AGCGCUUGGGCUCAAGCUUCCACGGGUGGACGCAGGUCUGGAAGCAGGCGCGAGCGCCCUCCUGCCUCUGCAAGCCAGCCCCCCGCGCCGACACGAUGGGGUGCUGCAUGGCCUCCCGCCAGUCUUUCGACAUGGCCUCCCGCCAGUCUUUCGACCCGACGCGGUACACAGACGCCACGAGCCUCUUCGACGCUCUUGCGUUCACCGUGGAGGGCCUUCACCCAGUGCGCUUGGUCCGCAUGUCGUGGCUUCUGCAGCAGCGGGGCACGGUCCUGAAGAGGCGCCAGGAGCUGCCAGAGGAGGCGUUCGUGUCCGCCGGCGAGCUGCGGGCCAUUUGGGAAGCCAGCGGGCGAGGAGGAGAAUGGGACAAGGUGGCGCCGAUCAUCACCAUCUCGUUCUGCUGGGACUCACGCGAGCAUCCCGACCCCAAUGGGGUGCAGCUGAGCUUGGUGAUAGACACCCUGGAGCAGGAGCGCCACAAGUACUCCAGAGGAAAUGGUUCCUUUAAGGGGUUCAGCGACAUGGGCGUCUUCUGGGACUGGCCCUCGCUGCUGCAGGGCGACCCCGACAAGGCCGAUGAGGCGAAGGCCGCCGCCCUGCGGCAAGGAAAAACCCAGAAGGACGCGCAGAAGGCCGCGGACGAGGCCAAGCGUACCCCCGCCGAGAAGGCCGCGUUCAAACAUGGGCUGCAGGAGACGAUGGACCUGUGGUACGCCCACCAAGCCACUACCGUCCUCCUGCUCACCCAGCACCCCCGCGAGCGAGGCAGCGAGCGCGAGUGUGGCUACGACCAGUCGGGCUGGACAACGUACGAGCGUUGCUCCGCGGAGCAGAUCAAGAAGGUCUACCGUUAUCAGGCGAAGUGGAACCCCGUUGCCGACCUUGGGGGAGGGGCGGGGGUGACGAAGGCCCGGAGGAGGUGGCCGGUGGGCCCGGACGAGUUCGACCGGCUCAUCGAGGACAGGUCCUUCACCAACGGCGCGGACUGGGAGGCGGUGAAGGCGCUCUUCCGGCGGAUGAGCCGCGCGCAGCUGGGCGGCGUGACGAUUCUGAGCUUCGACGGAAUGCCGCCCCCGACCCCCGCGCAGGUCGCGGGGCUCGCAGGCUGCCUGCGGCUGUGCGCCCGCCUGGAGAAACUGGACCUGAACAAUUGCAACAUCGGCGACGACGGCGCGCAGGCCCUGGCGAAGGCGCUGCCCUCCAUGCCCGGCCUGCAGUACCUGCACCUGCCCAGCAACGGCAUCGGCGACGACGGCGCGCAGGCCCUGGCGAAGGCGCUGCCCUCCAUGCGCGGCCUGCAAUGGCUGAGCCUGAGCAGCAACGGCAUCGGCGACGACGGCGCGCAGGCCCUGGCGAAGGCGCUGCCCUCCAUGCCCGGCCUGCAGUACCUGUACCUGGCCCGCAACGGCAUCGGCGACGACGGCGCGCAGGCCCUGGCGAAGGCGCUGCCCUCCAUGCCCGGCCUGCAGUACCUGGACCUGGCCCGCAACGGCAUCGGCGACGACGGCGCGCAGGCCCUGAAGUCCGCCUUGGGCGACAUAUGCGAUGAUGUCUUGGUCCUCUGAGCCAGGGGCGAGCCGCACAGGGCGCGGGUGAGAAACGGGAGGGCGCGCGGGAAGGGGAGGACCCAAACGCGACAAGGAGGACCCAAACACGACCAGGAAACUCAUGUACCAGACCAGGCAUCAGCAUAGGCACGUGUGCCCUUGUCUUCCCAGUUUGGUGCCUCGUUUUGCCGCGAGGUCGGCAUCCUGGCCAGAUGCCUCGUUCGCGCAGUUUGCGUGGCCCCUGCGGCAUGCGGUAUGCGUGUUUUUCUGUUGGCGUCGGCGGCGCUCCCAAGGGGGGAAGCGAACCAGGGGGCAGGCCUUCUGCGGAGGCGCGUGGCUUCUCAGGAGCCCCCUGACCUUCUGCUGAGUGUUCCGUGCCUGCGGGGAGAGUUUUUGCUCGAGAAUCUGCCAGGAGGCCCGAGGCUCUCCGAGCUCUGCGUCGCCCAGCGCGCUCCACCACUCGCAGAGGGCCCGCUCGCAGGCACCCGAGACGCACACGUGCUCGCAUCGUCGUGGCAGCGGCUCGUAGAGUCCCCCACCCCCCCCGCGGCG